AUGUUAUACGCUGAGGUGGACGCGUCGACUGAACUUCAAAGAGAAAAAGAGACUUUAGCAAGGGAAUUGCAAUGGCUACUGGAUACGGAACUUCCUCCCGUAAUCCAAGACUUGGAAAAAGCACUAAAGAAAUGUGACUCAAUGAUGAAAAAUGAAAAUGAGGAAUCAGUCAGGAGUACGUUAGCGAUAACAUCUUCAAAUAGCGAUGCUUUGAAAGGAUACAUUAUGUCAAGCGGAAGUAACAUCUACAAGGGAGAACUCCAAAUUAAACUUCCGAACUAUAAUCGCGGUAAUCUGGUCAAGGCGACUAUAAAUUCUCAGAAACCCUACUUCAUCGAUCAGCUGGGUGAUGCACAAAACUAUCUUAUUUUGACGUUGGAUCUAUUAGAGUCUUCUCAUGUGCCGUACACAAAACAAAGCGCGAUGGAGCUGCUGAACGAUGUCAUUAAAUAUGUCAGCAAGAGUAGAUCCGCUUUGACCAGUGCAAAUGAAGGAAAUCUCUUCCCUUAUAAAAUAUGUGAAUCUCAAGUAUUCAAUUCAGCAUUACCAGAUGACCUUGUAAUAGAGUUUCACGUAGAAGGCGCGGAGAUUGUAACCAGUGUGUACGCACUACAGUAUCAUGCAUCCUUACCAUCUCAUAAACUCAAUAUAUUGAUAAAUACAAAGACAUCUACGCAACUGUCAUUGAUGAAAUUGUCGUCCGCUCACUUGAUCCAAGCCUGGAAGAAAUUGGAGCAAAACUGA